CCAAAAAGUGGAUCGCAGAUAAGGGAGAACUUAUUUCGCGAAGCAGUCAGUGUGGGGUGGUGCAUGCGCCCCGUGUGCCGAGAAACUGGGUUCCCCAAGGUGAGUUUUCUGGCGCUGCCGGAAGUGUCCGGAGAGAGCCGAGCCGAGCUGAGCGGAGCCUCCUGUGGUGUGUCGCCGGCCUCACCCACUGCGGGCACCAUGGAGCCGGGCGCCUGAGGGCGGAGCGGUGCCCUGCCCCCGACAUGCCAGCCGGGCCCAUCGGCGCAGGUAUUGCUUGGUGUGUAGCAUAGAGGCACUAUGUACUCAGAGUGGAGGUCCCUGCAUCUUGUUGUCCAAAAUGAUCAGGGUCACACCAGUGUACUUCACAGCUAUCCUGAUAAUGUGGGGAGGGAGGUGGCAAAUGCAGUGGUGCGUCCUCUUGGGCAAGCCUUAAAUACACCGUCGGCAGCUGGGAGUGAGAGUUUACUAAAAACAGAUAAAGAAGUAAAAUGGACCAUGGAGGUGGUUUGUUAUGGACUGACCCUCCCAUUGGAGGGUGAUACUGUGAAGUAUUGUGUUGAUGUAUAUACUGACUGGAUUAUGGCUCUUGUAUUACCUAAAGACUCCAUUCCUUUACCUGUUAUUAAGGAACCAAACCUUUAUGUUCAGAGCAUUCUCAAACAUCUACAAAAUCUCUUCGUACCAAGGCAGGACCCAGGGUCCAGUCAGAAUAGACUAUGCUUGCAGGUUUUGAAGGCUGUCCAGAAAUUGGCUCGUGAGUCAACCAUCAUGGCUCGAGAAACUUGGGAGGUUUUAUUGUUGUUUCUCCUACAGAUUAAUGACACUCUUCUGGCAGCUCCCACUGUGCAAGGUGGCAUUGCUGAAAAUCUGGCUGAGAAACUGAUUGGUGUGCUGUUUGAAGUGUGGUUGCUAGCUUGCACUCGGUGCUUUCCAACACCCCCUUAUUGGAAAACUGCCAAAGAAAUGGUGGCCAACUGGCGGCAUCACCCUGCUGUAGUGGAGCAGUGGAGCAAGGUUAUCUGUGCCCUUACUUCCAGAUUGCUGCGUUUUACAUAUGGACCUUCAUUUCCUCCAUUUAAAAUUCCUGAUGAAGAUGCAAGUCUGAUUCCUCCUGAAAUGGACAACGAGUGCAUUGCACAGACUUGGUUUCGCUUUUUACAUAUGCUGAGUAAUCCAGUGGAUUUGAGUAACCCAGCCAUUAUAAGCUCUACCCCCAAAUUUCAGGAGCAGUUUCUGAAUGUGAGUGGAAUGACUCAAGAAUUGAAUCAGUAUCCCUGCCUUAAACAUCUGCCUCAUAUAUUCUUUCGUGCCAUGCGUGGGAUCAGCUGUUUAGUGGAUGCGUUCCUAGGAGUUGCAGCCUUUACGAACAGUGGGUGUGAAAGAUUACCCAGCUAUGGCAUUUCACGACCCCGGUCAGACAGUGCUCCCCCCACGCCAGUAAAUAGGCUGAGCAUGCCCCAGAAUACCGCUAUCAACACAACUCCACCUCAUAACCGAAGGCAUCGGGCCGUGACUGUGAAUAAGGCAACAAUGAAAACCAGCACUGUUAGCACUGUUCACACAUCAAAAGUGCAGCACCAGCCGUCGUCCUCCACCUCUCCAUUGUCUAGCCCAAACCAGACUAGUUCUGAGCCUCGACCACUACCAGCUCCUCACAGGCCAAAGGUUAACAGCAUCUUGAACCUCUUUGGAUCGUGGUUAUUUGAUGCAGCAUUUGUUCACUGUAAACUUCAUAAUGGAAUAAAUAGAGACAGCAGCAUGACUGCUAUAGCAACCCAAGCUAGCAUGGAGUUUCGUCGGAAAGGAUCGCAAAUGUCAACAGACACCAUGACUUCCAAUUCCACAUUUGAUUCAAGUGACUUUCCUGAUAACUAUGAAGCAGGAAGAGCAGAGGCAUGUGGAACACUAUGUAGGAUAUUUUGUAGCAAGAAGACUGGGGAGGAUAUACUGUCAGCUUACUUAUCCCGAUUUUACAUGCUUUUAAUUCAGGGUUUGCAGAUAGCAGAUUUCAUUUGCCACCCAGUGCUGGCCAGCAUUAUUCUAAACUCUCCUCCGUUGUUCUGCUGCGACCUGAAAGGGAUUGAUGUUGUGGUUCCUUACUUCAUUUCUGCCCUUGAAACAAUUUUACCUGACAGAGAGCUCUCAAAGUUUAAAACCUAUGUAAACCCUACAGAGCUGAGAAGAUCCUCUAUCAAUAUUUUGCUGUCAUUAUUGCCUCUCCCUCAUCAUUUUGGGACCAUAAAAUCUGAGGUUGUCCUGGAAGGAAAAUUCAGCAAUGAUGACAGCUCAUCAUCAUAUGAUAAACCAGUAACCUUCCUUUCCUUGAAGUUGAGGCUUGUGAAUAUACUAAUAGGAGCUUUGCAAACUGAAACAGACCCCAACAACACUCAAAUGAUACUAGGAGCGAUGUUAAAUAUUGUUCAAGACUCAGCACUUUUAGAAGCCAUUGGCUGUCAGAUGGAAAUGAAUGGUGGCGAAAAUAACCUUUUGAAAAACCACCGUCGCACUAACAGUGGCAUUAGUACAGCAAGUGGAGGAAGCACAGAGCCCACAACUCCAGAUAGUGAGAGACCAGCACAAGCACUUCUAAGAGAUUACGCUCUUAAUACAGAUACAGCGGCUGGACUACUGAUUCGCAGUAUUCAUCUGGUAACACAAAGACUCAACUCACAGUGGAGACAGGACAUGAGUAUCUCACUAGCUGCAUUAGAGCUUCUUUCUGGAUUGGCAAAGGUGAAGGUGAUUGUUGAUUCAGCUGACAGAAAGCGAGCUGUCAGUUCAGUAUGCAGUUACAUUGUGUACCAGUGCAGCCGUCCAGCUCCACUCCACUCUAGAGAUCUUCACUCCAUGAUCGUUGCAGCAUUUCAAUGCCUCUGUGUCUGGCUCACUGAACAUCCCGACAUGAUGGAUGAGAAGGACUGUUUAAAAGAGGUGUUGGAGAUUGUGGAAUUGGGCAUCUCAGGAAGUAAAUCCAAAAACAGUGAACAAGAGGUCAAGUACAAAGGAGAUAAAGAACCAAAUCCUGCGUCAAUGAGGGUGAAGGAUGCAGCUGAAGCUACGUUAACAUGUAUUAUGCAGUUACUUGGAGCAUUUCCUUCACCCAGUGGCCCUGCUUCUCCUUGCAGCCUGGUGAAUGAAACCACCUUAAUUAAAUACUCCCGUCUACCUACCAUUAACAAACACAGCUUCCGCUACUUUGUCCUUGAUAAUAGUGUCAUCCUGGCAAUGUUGGAGCAGCCUUUAGGGAAUGAGCAAAAUGACUCUUUCCCUUCUGUCACGGUUCUGAUCCGUGGGGUGUCUGGAAGACUUGCGUGGGCCCAGCAACUUUGCCUUUUGCCAAGAGGAGCUAAAGCAAAUCAAAAGAUGUUUUUACCAGAACCUCGACCAGCUCCUAAAAAUGAUGUUGGACUCAAAUACAGUGUAAAACACCGGCCCUUUCCUGAGGAGGUGGACAAGAUCCCCUUUGUGAAAGCUGACCUGAGCAUUCCAGACUUGCAUGAAAUUGUUAAUGAGGAACUGGAAGAGCGGCAUGAAAAGCUGAGGAAUGGUAUGGCCCAACAGAUCACUUAUGAGACUUCUAUAGAUCAGCAGAGUGAAGAGGAGUGGCGCAAGAAGAGUUUCCCUGACCCAAUCACUGAGUGUAAGCCCCCGCCUCCUGCCCAGGAAUUCCAGACAGCCCGCCUCUUCCUGUCACACUUUGGAUUUCUGUCCCUAGAGGCACUGAAGGAAACUGCUAACAGCCGUCUACCUCCUCAUCUGAUCGCACUUGACUCUGCUCUCCCUGGGUUUUUUGAUGACCUUGGUUACUUGGAUCUACUGCCUUGUCGUCCUUUUGAUACAGUUUUCAUUUUCUACAUGAAGGCAGGCCAGAAAACAAGCCAGGAGAUUCUGAAGAAUGUAGAGUCUUCCAGAAAUGUUCAGCCACACUUCCUAGAAUUCUUACUGUCUCUUGGCUGGGCCGUAGAUGUGGGAAAGCACCCUGGCUGGACUGGGCAUGUUUCAACAAGUUGGUCCAUUAACAGUUGCAGUGAUGAAGAGGGAUCCGAGCAAGAUGAAAUUGUUUCUUCAGAAGACACCGGAGCGAGCAUAUUCAAUGGGCAAAAGAAGGUUCUGUAUUAUGCUGAUGCCCUUACAGAAAUAGCAUUCGUUGUUCCCUCCCCAGUGGAGUCCUUAACUGAUUCAUUGGAAAGCAAUGUCUCAGACCAAGAAAGUGACUCUAACAUGGAUCUUCUGCCUGGGAUACUAAAGCAGCCAUCUCUGACACUUGAACUCUUCCCCAAUCAUACAGACAAUCUCAAUUCCUCACAGCGGCUCAGUCCUACUUCCAGAUCAAAGAAGUUGCCUCGGGGCCGGACCAUUCCACCAAUGGGACCUGAAACCAAGGUGUCUGUGGUCUGGGUUGAACGUUAUGAUGAUAUAGAAAACUUUCCUCUCUCUGAUCUGGUUUCUGAGACCAGCACUGGUGUAGAAACUACAUCAAAUAGUAGCACUUCCCUCAGAUCAACCACUCCUGAAAGAGAAGUUCCUGUAGUUUUCAUCCAUCCCUUAAACACUGGGUUAUUCAGGAUAAAAGUGCAAGGCGCUACUGGGAAAUUCAACAUGGUCAUCCCCCUGGUAGAUGGAAUGAUAGUUAGUAGGCGAGCUCUUGGUUUCUUAGUGAGACAAACAAUAAUAAAUAUUUGUCGGAGAAAGAGGUUAGAAAGUGAUUCAUACAACCCUCCACAUGUCCGCCGAAAACAGAAGAUAGCCGACAUUGUCAAUAAAUACAGAAACAAGCAGCUGGAGCCAGAGUUUUAUACCUCACUUUUCCAGGAGGUUGGGCUCAAGAACUGCAAUCCCUAGACCAAUAUCCUUCCAGGACAAUUAGAUCAGAGCUUGGUGGCUACAGUAAUCGAAACAGUUAGACAACCAAAAAAACCCAAACCACCUUGCAAAAAAAUCUCCCUCUCAGUCCUCCAGAGUAGAGAGAAAUGACUCGGUGGAUACACUGCAGGAGGAGUCAGGAAUGAAUAGGUUCUCAACCUUCAACGUCCUAGUAAGACCACAUCUUUGAACACAAUGUCCCCUGCACUAGAGGAGGCAAAAAUUAUCCCGCUUUCACCAUUUAAACAUUUUCCCAUUCUGUUAGAAAAAAAUAUAGCAAGUAUAUCUGAGAGAGGCUUGAAUGCAGCUUUGACAGCUUCCCGAGUUCAAAGAAAAUUGCGGGUGCCGGGCGUAGGUUCAGGAAAUAACAGCUGGGGCUUCCUUCCUCACUGCUCCAGGAGAUUCGGUUCAAGAACUAAUCCUGAGACCAGUUCCUUACAAGACGUGAAAUCAAGAACAUGGUAGCUGGAAUAUUAACUUACCUUGCCCACUGACAACCAACCACUGCAUUCCACACCAGUCCUCCUGGAUACUCAAAACAUCAUCUCUUAGCACAACCUAAUUACAGGAAGGAGCAAAUAUCUCAUCCAGUGAGAAGAACGCACUGAAUACAGACCUCCAUCUCUGUAUAGGGGGAUGGAAAAUGAAAUACAGAUAAACCUGGCCCCCACAUCUGAAUGAAAGGUGUCUAAGUGCACACAUGCACAAAAGAAGAAAGGAACAGAGUCAUCUUCCCUUCAUACCUUCUGGGGAAGAGAGAGACCCGCCCCCAUCUCGGAGCAUUAACCAUCCACUGUAAGAGUUAAAUAGAAGUUCUUAAAAAUACCUCCAAACUCAAUAGAAGAGACUUCUCUGACCAAGACCGUUCAACUCCUAUAACAAACUGAAGGAGAAAAAAGUUAGUUCAUAAACAUCAAGUCAUUAAAUCCAUAGCUGAAGUGCUGUGAUUCCAUAGUUACCUCUCAAUAAAUUCCAGAAUUACUGCUGGUGUUUGCAUGACUGAGUUUUAUGCAUAUUUACACUUAUACCAGGUAUACACAGAAAACCUGAGCUUACCUUAUUUUCAAGAAUUUUUUCUACUAGUUAAGAGUUGUCUUACAGUUGUGUAUAAACAAAGCUAAGGCAUUAAGGUCUGUUGCAAGAUGUCACUUGGUUUUAAUACCAUCUGGUUUUAUGCCGCUAUCUAAAUAGCACAUAAUUAUGAUUAAAUUGCCGACAGAUCAAAAAUGAGUGUCUCCAGAAAGACUGUUUAGAGAGCUGUAUGCACAAGGACUGUUACCAGGAGCCGUGUUACCCAGUGUGGUCCAGAACAUUUGCUUUACUUUUGCUGAAAUGAUUUGGGGGCUUGCCCAUUAGAGAAUGUUUAACUCUUUGAUAGUUGUGCAGGUGUCAGGCUGCUCCUCAAACUGUUCAUCUAUUCCCCUAAAGAACAAUCACCCGUCAAAUUCGCUUUCUUCUCCACUCUGGGAUGAUCCAGGCUACCACAGCCCAUUUAGAGUGACUGUUGUGCAACUGGCUCAUAAUUCAGCAUAAAAUACUA